CCCAGCGCUCCUUAUACUCCCUCCCCCGCCGGAGGUGUAAACGAUCGUGGUGGAGCAGCUCAGGGUGCCGCCGUGAUCGACUGCCCCAGAAAAGCGCUGCGUUAUCCGGACGGAGAUUCAGCCGCCAGUCGGUCGCCCCGUUGUUCUUGCAUUUAAGCGCAUCCAGAGGAGCCGGCGUGACAUUACACGAGCUCUUCCUUUUCUUCUCAAAUAAAGGACGAAUUCCCCCAGUCGCCCCAGGAAUAUCUCCCUGGAUAUUUACCCCAGAAAUGGACGGAUUCGCCGGUAGUUUAGAUGACAGUAUUUCUGCAGCGAGCACGUCGGACGUGCAGGACCGCUUGUCGUCUCUUGAGCUGCGGGUGCAACAGCAGGAGGAUGAGCUGACGGUGAUGAAGGCCGCGCUGGCAGACGUGCUCAGACGUCUGGCUCAGUCGGAGGACUCCGCCGCCGCUGCCAAAAAACAGCAGAGCAGCAAAGGUCAGACCCCGCUGCGUGAGGCGUAUUCGAUGUCCUGUAUUGCCAAUGGCAGUUCCAGCGGCCGCAAAUCUCACAGAGAUAGUUCCACAGUGUCCGUAGCCAGGAAAGAGACACUCUCCUCCGCUGCCAAGAGUGGUGGGGAGAAGAAAAAAGACAAGCCUCUGAUGGAGGGGAUCAAGGAGAAAGAAGAGCCGCCACAGGCUAACGAUAAAACCCCCUCAGCGCCCAGCACCCCUCAGGCACCGUCCCCUUCCAGCAAUCCCCCCUCCCCACAUCCCCCACAGCCCCAAAGACAGCUCUCGGAGAACAGGGGGUCAACCCCGGCCAAAAGCAGAGGUAGCAGUGCGAAGCGUGGAGGAAUGGAGCGUUCUCAGAGUAGCACGUGGGACAGUGGAGAGGAGAGCAGGAACAAGCUGGUGAAAGCAGCCUCCACCUCCAAACUGCUGUCCAAAGUGGUGAAGAAUGCAGAGAAACACAGAGAUCCAGUCAUCAGCCAAGCUAAAAUGUCAACCCGUGAAAAAAACAGUCAAGAGGGAGAAUAUGUUAAAGUGUUCAUGCGCGGACGACCCAUCACGAUGUUCAUCCCAUCGGACGUGGAGAAUUACGAAGAUAUCCGCACCGAACUUCCCCCAGAGAGACUCAAACUGGAGUGGGUAUACGGAUACAGGGGACGUGAUUGCCGUGCAAAUGUGUACUUGCUGCCUACUGGGGAGAUUGUAUAUUUCAUCGCCUCGGUGGUUGUGCUCUUCAACUAUGAGGAAAGGACACAGCGGCACUAUUUAGGACACACUGACUGUGUUAAAUGUCUUGCUGUUCACCCAGAUAAGAUCCGUAUCGCCACAGGACAGAUAGCAGGCGUGGAUAAGGAUGGCAGGCCGCUUCAGCCUCACGUGAGAGUUUGGGACUCUGUCAGUCUGUCCACGCUGCAGAUCAUCGGCCUUGGCACCUUUGAGAGAGGAGUUGGAUCCCUUGCUUUCUCUAAAGCCGACUCAGGCAUUCAUCUCAGUGUGAUUGAUGACUCUAAUGAGCACAUGCUCACUGUGUGGGACUGGCAGAAGAAAUCAAAAAUCGCAGAGAUUAAGACAACCAAUGAAGUGGUCUUAGCAGUGGAGUUUCACCCGACUGACGCCAACACCAUUGUCACGUGUGGGAAAUCGCAUAUUUUCUUCUGGACCUGGAGCGGAUCCUCACUCGCUCGCAAACAAGGCAUCUUCGGCAAAUACGAGAAGCCCAAAUUUGUGCAGUGUUUGGCCUUCCUCAAUAAUGGAGACAUCCUGACUGGAGACUCAGGAGGAAUCAUGCUGAUAUGGACCCGCAGCACCGCUGAACCAGCACCAGGGAAAGGGCCGAAAGGAGCGUUUCAGAUCGCGCGUCAGAUCAAGGCUCACGACGGCAGCGUCUUCACUCUGUGUCAGAUGAGGAACGGCACUCUGCUCACAGGGGGCGGCAAAGACCACAAGAUCAUUCUGUGGGACCACGACCUGAAUCCAGAGAGAGACAUUGAGGUCCCAGAUCAGUAUGGCACUAUUCGCGCAGUAGCCGAGGGCAAGGGGGAGCAGUUUCUGGUGGGCACAUCACGCAACUUCAUUCUGAGAGGCACCUUCAAUGAUGGAUUCCAGGUGGAAGUGCAGGGACACACGGAUGAGCUGUGGGGUCUGGCCACCCACCCAUUCAAGGACCUGUUCCUCACCUGUGCUCAGGACAGACAGGUGUGUCUGUGGAGCUCAGUGGACCACACGCUGGAAUGGACCAGACUGCUGGACGAGCACGGGCACUGCGCAGACUUCCAUCCUAGCGGUUCGGUUGUUGCCAUUGGUACUCACUCAGGGAAGUGGUAUGCUCUGGACGCAGAGACGCGAGACCUGGUGGCCAUUCACACAGACGGCAAUGAGCAGCUGUCAGUAAUGCGCUACUCAGUCGAUGGCACGCUGCUGGCAGUGGGAUCACAUGAUAACUUCAUUUACCUCUACACGGUGUCGGAUAAGGGACGCAAGUACAGCAGAUAUGGGAAAUGCACUGGACAUUCCAGCUACAUUACACAUCUUGACUGGUCCCCCGACAACAAGUUCAUCAUGUCCAACUCAGGAGACUACGAAAUCCUUUACUGGGACAUUCCAAACGGUUGUAAGCUGAUUCGUAACCGUUCUGAGUGCAAGGACAUCGACUGGGCCACGUAUACCUGCGUGCUAGGAUUCCACGUCUUUGGUGUUUGGCCGGAGGGCUCAGAUGGGACAGAUAUCAAUGCCCUUGUGCGAUCUCACAACAGGAAGGUGAUCGCUCUGGCUGAUGACUUCUGUAAAGUGCACCUUUUCCAGUACCCUUGCUCAAGACCGAAGGCCCCAAGCCACAAGUACAGCGCCCACAGCAGUCACGUGACAAACGUGAGCUUCAUGCACAGCGACAGUCACUUGGUUUCAACGGGCGGCAAGGACAUGAGCAUCAUGCAGUGGCGUCUGGUGGAGAAGACCUCAUCCUUGGUGCACAGCGACUCCAGCUUGGGCCUGGGCGAUUCCCUGCUUCACAACUCCACCCCUCGCACCCUGCCGUCGGUACCCAGUGUUCCCCACACUCCUACUGAGCCCAUGCCAGUGCCAGCCUCGCUACCCAUCAACACCCAACCCGACACCAACACUCCCCCUCCCACUCCCCCAGAACCCCUGCACAUGGUUACUCCUAAUGGACAGCAGGACGGCUCCCCUGAAACCCCGCCUCCUUCGGAUGAGGCCACGCCCCCAUCCGACAGCACCCUGAGCCCCAAGGACAGCCUAGAGCCUAGCGACGAUACGGCCACACCCAGUGAUGAGGGCACGACCUUUAACCCACCCUUAUAAGGCAGUCCGACCCCUUCUCUUGCCUGCUCGAUAGCCCACCCAAAGGCACCAGCAUGUCACUGCAGCCUUCAUGUCGGAUUACAAAAAGCAGGGUCUCAGUUUUUAUCCUUUCAAGAUUUUUUUUUUUUCGUUUUGUGUCUUAGAUAGUUAUGUUGACAUUCAGUAGAUGUGGUUGUGGAGGCAUUGGUUUGGGUGGAUGGUGAGAGAUUUGGAAUGUGUAGUUAAAAAUCUUUGGAAUAAUUUAGCGCACCUACAAGUUUACACUGACACACACGCACUACCACACAAACACUAAAACACGCAUGCAUAGACACAUCAGUAACUGUGACAUAUUAAAAAAAAAAAAAGAGAAAAUGAUUUUCUAGUUUUAGAUAUAAACAAAAUGUAUGUUCAUAUAAACAGGCCAAUGGACAAAUACAACAUAAAAAUGGACACGUCAUUUAUUGACAUUUUGGCAUGAACAUCAAUGCACUUAUUAUGAUUAAGGAUCAGUAACUAUGGAUGAAUUAAGUUUAAAAAUUCAAAAAUUACCAAAUCUUUUCCACACUUUUCUCACCCAAAAAUGAACAUUCUGUAUUUCUUUACUCAUACUCAUGUCGUUCCAAACCUGUAUGACUUGCUUUCUUCUUUAUGAAAUGUUUCAUUAAUGUUGUGAAGAUGUUUCCAAGAUCUUUUUAGAAUCUUUCAAAGAUGUUUAGAGGAUCUUUCCAAAAUCUUUUGAGGAUCUUUUAAAGAUUGCUCGAGGAUCGUUUGAAGAUCAUUUGAGAACCUUUCGAAGAUCGCUCGAGGACCUUUCGAAGAUCGCUCGAGGACCUUUCGAAGAUCGCUCAAGGAUCUUUCGAAGAUCGCUCGAGGAUCGUUGAAGAUCGUUCGAGGACCUUUCGAAGAUCGCUCGAGGAUCGUUCGAGGAUCUUUUGAAGAUCGCUUGAGGACCUUUCGAAGAUGUUUCAGAGAUCUUUCUGGGAUCUUUCAAAGAUGUUUUGAAGAUCCUUUGGGGAUAUUUUGAAGAUCUUUUGACUGUUUUUGUCCAUACAGUGAAGGUCAGUUGGGUCCAAAUCAACAUUGGACUCAUUUGACUUUCAUUUUUCAAUAUAUAAUUUUAUUUAUUGUGCAAGUCAUACAGGUUUGGAACGCUGAGUAAAUGAUGUUCAUUUUAUGGAUGAACUACCCCUUUAAAUGAUUAAACCUUAAAAAAAAUUACAUGAUAUUCAUUUUUAUUCUCUCACUUUAUGUGAAAAUUAGUGGAGGAGUGCAUGUAAAGCUGACUUGCGUGCUUGCAUAGCAUCUGUCCCUGAGCCAAGAACUACAGGAUGUGGAUAUCUAGUGACACCAGGCAGGUAUCCCUAGCUCAUUGGUCGGACUCAUGGACCUCAGCAAUUCAAGCUGCUUCUGCCGGUCGUCAUGGUCACUGACAUCUUGAAUUUCAACUCAGCACAAUUUUUGCCGCUUUACAGAAGAAUAGCCAUAAACAGCAGAGCACUUCAUUUAACACUCACACAACAAAACUCACACACACACUCACACACAAGCCUGGCCUGCCUCAAAAUGGGGUCUGCAUGGCGAUAACCAAGCUAUUUUAUUUAAAAAAAAAAACAAAACAAAACAAAAAAAAAAGAGACAAUUUCAGUCUCACCCGCCUGUCUAAAGAUGCCGCACCACCCUCACAUCUCCCUCAGUUUCCUGUGUUGGACUGGAGAACCUCCUCUGUAUUCUUACCAUCCGUUUUAUUACCAUCCGUAACCUUGCAUCCAAAUGACUCUCUUCUCACUGAGACUGAAUUGUUUUUAGGUUUCAUUUUGGGACAGUUUUUCUUGUCAUUUUGUUCAUUGGACUGAGAUGUUCUUGUUUUUUAUCGUAUGAGAGAAACGAAAGAUUAAACGAGUCUUAAAUGUGCGUGCGUGAGUGUGUAUGUGCGCGCGAGUCGCCGCUUCUUUCAUUCCGCUGAAGGGUGAUCGCCCUCCCCCUCUCUCCCUCACAUUUUCUCAGGAUCACUCUUUUUGGAGUCCAAAAGAGAAAGAAAGUCAAAGGAUGAAAUAAUGUUUUUCCCCACUCCUUUUUGUAACGCUUACAAAAACAGUACCAGAAAGUACCAUGGUAAUACAAUUUAGGUAAUUUGGGCAAAUUUUUGACAUUGAAAGGGAGGAAUAUCAUGGUAUCUGAGUAUGAUAUCUUAUUAUAUUUAUAUAUAUGGUGAUGAGAUGGGAGGAAGAAUUAUAUUUCAAUUCUGUUGCAUUCUGACGUAAAUGUACUGCGUUCCUCUGAGAAAUUUAGCUUUCAUUUCGUAAAACAUAUGCGCUUUCUCGCAAAACAUUUGCGUUCUUCGGAGAAACUUGGCAUUGUCUCGCAAAACAUUAGUGUUCAUUUGUAAAUGUAGUGUAUUCUCCCGAGAAAGUUUUCGUUAAUUCGCAAAACAUUUGCGUUUUCUCCCAAAACAGGUGUCUUCUUCUGAGAAACUUUUUUUCCUUACGAAACAUUUGUGCUUUUGUAAAUGUAGUGUGUUCUCCCGAGAAAGUUUGCGUGAAUUUGCAAAACAUUUGUGUUUUCUCCCAAAACGGUUGCGUUCUUCUGAGAAACUUUUCUUUUCCUUGUGAGGAUUUGUACUUUUGUAAAUGUAGUGUGUUCUUCCGAAAAAGUUUGCGUUAAUUCACAAAACGGUUGCGUUCUUGUGAAACGUUGUUUUUCCUCGCAAAACAUUUGUUCUUUUGUAAACGUAGUGUAUUCUCCCAAGAAAGUUUGUGUUCAAUGCAAAACAUUUUAGUUUUCGUUCCCCCAACUUACAUUCUUUCCAUCACAAAAGAUUUGUGAGCGAACAUGAGAAUGCAAAAGCAUUGAAAUAUAAUUGGGUAUUACCAUAUGAUACCAUGGUACUGUUUCAUGGUACUGCCACUGUACUUUUUUGUAAGAGGAUGCUCUCCCAAGCCUUUGUGUGUUUCCCUCAAAAAUGCAUCGAAGAAGAAGAAGCUCACUGAAAAUUAAACAGCAUUCAGAGGCUUCGAUAUCUUGAGAUGAAGCGAUUCUUCUUUUCUCUGAAGUGAAUCAAAAUAAGAGAAACUUAAGAGCGCAGCUGGUGAGAGAAAUUCCCUCCAGUGCUGCUUGAACCCGAAUCAUCAAUAUUACACCAGAAGAGAUGUCAAAACAACUGUCAAACCAGCUUUUGGAAGCAACCUCAAGAUUUUGAAGCAUUGCAGAGUAUUAAAACACAAUGUAUGUGCGGUCUCUGUGUACAAAGGCAUGAGAAAGCAAGGUUUACACGUUCAUAUUUUAAGAUGCAAUGCUGUAUUGACAUAUGGUAUAGAGAAACCUGGUUUAAAUGCUUUUUUUUUUUCUUUUUCUUUUUUUUUGUGAAAGAAUGACAAUCUUCUGUAAUGUGUAUAACACAAUACACAUCAGCAGUCAGAUACUUAGUAUUUUAGCCAACUGCCUCAAAUUCACGUGUCUGAUCCAGGUAGUUUUUUUUUUAAGUGCAUGAAAUGGAGAUAAUAUUGGACUAGGUGGCUUUAGCAGUGUUUAGAUAGGUAGAAAUGGUGGAAUGAUAGCUGAUUGAUUUUGUGGUGUUGUGUUUAUGCAAUGUUUGCUCUGUAGACGGUGUUGAGUUGAACGCCCCUCAGCUGUUCUGCAGUUAACUUUUUAUACCUUUUGUAUGUACGCUGUAUGGAUUACUCCUGUUUUAUAAGCAAGUGGGAAGGUUUUCAUUGAGACUGACUUAGUUAGGUUUCCAUGGACUUCCAUGUUUGAUGUUUUUGUCUUGACCUGUACAGUGGGAAACUUAAGCCACACUUAGUUCAUUGCAUUAGAUAGUAAAUAUAGCAUUUACAUUACUGAAUCAUAGUGCAAGAGGAAGACAUUUACAUUUGAAUGAAGUUUAAAAUGCUGCGACACUUUGUGGUCGUCAACUGUUAGUAGAUAAUGUUCACAGGUGAUGUUAUUCUCUACACCUGUGUCAACUUAAGGAGAACUGAUUAAAUACAUCCACUGAAACAUAAGCUUAUUAAAAGGGACAUUUGAAAAGUGCAUCAGAUUUAAGUGUGACUUGAGUAUCAAAUUGCUUUUGGAGGUCACUAGUUAGGCUUUGGCCUCCUAAAACUUCAGGACACCAUUGAUAUCAAAAGGGCAACUCUCAGAAGCUUUACACAAGUUGCAAACGAGGAUGUCGAUCUUUCACAGACCUUUGUUGUUGCAUUCAGGGCUGGCUUUAUUGUGUAUAUAUUGGUGUACCUGUAUGUAUAUAACUAUUUUGUGGGUGGGGAGGUUCUCUGAAAUGCAGGGGCGAUGAUUCAUGUUUGUUUUCAUCCACGAAAAAGCUGGGGGAUUGUUUCCUGCAGAUGCAGGUGUAGUGGCCUUGUGGCAUGAGUUCAGAUUUUAGGAUACCUGGAUAUUUCUCAGUUUGGAGACUCCAGAGUUUUUCUAUAGACCUGUCACUUGCAAGAGCAUACUUGUUUAUCUGAAAGCUGAAUGGAGCAUUGCAUACAGAAAUUUUUUGAAUGUCAGAUUAUUUGCCUUGUUAUUUGAUAUUGAAAAGAAUGAUGUGUGGUUUGGGUAUUUUGAAAGAACUGCGAGGCCGUUGAUGUCAGUGUAUUGGUGUUCAGCAUUGAGGAGACUGCUGUUUGUGUUUUUAUAUCUGCUAAUAUCCAAGAGCUAAUUUCCAAACAUACACAGGGAGAGAGAGGGAUUGGAAAAGUCCAGCUGUUGAUUGUAUCUACACUUGGAGGAAAUGUUGGGCUUGAGUACAGCUAAGGACUUACAAACGCUUUGCUGUUUGCAGGGCGUCUGAUUAUAUCCUCAUCGAAUAAAGGUGCGGAGAUGAAACUAAGCUUUUCUGAUAAACAGAAUGACAGUUAUGAAAACCACAAUAAUGAUCCUGAUUAUGCAAAUGAUUCAAUGAUGUUAACAAAAUCUGAAAAGGCAAUUUUUUUUCUUUCUUGUGACAAAGUUUGAGCCAAUCUGUCUCUUAUGCAUUCCUGCCAAUGGGCAGAAAAUACUGAAGAAUUUAGAAAAUAAAGAAACGUUUUAAAAACA